CCCUCUUCGAUCGAAUUAGGGUUCUUCAAAAAUAGUGCAGUUUACGACAUUGUUUUCCUUCCCGUUGCUGAAUUCGGAAUUCAGAAUUCAGAAUUCAGAAUAGCAUUUUUCCUUUGCCUCUAUGAGAGAGGAAACACGCAACAUGCGCAAACGCCCGGCGCCGCCGCCGACGGAAGAAGAGGAGUUUUACGACCGCCGUGUCAUAUUCGACCGCCGUGCCAAUUGGAAGCGUCCAGACCUUUCCGGUUCAUACCUUUCUCAGUCUCAGAACAUCGUAUUUCAGCAGUUGGAAAUGGAUUAUGUUGUUGGGGAUGGACACAAUGAAUUUCUACAAAGUUCUUCCGGCCUGGCUGCAAUUAUAAGGAUUUUUGGGGUAACCAAAGAAGGGCAUAGUGUUUGCUGUUUUGUGCACGGAUUUGAGCCAUAUUUCUAUGCCAACUGCCCUUCAGGAAUGGGUCCUGAUGAUAUUUUCCGUCUCCAUCAAAUUCUCGAGGGUAAGAUGAAAGAAACAAACAAUAAUUACAAAGCUCCGAAAUGUAUUCGUCGUAUUGAGCUGGUUCAGAAAAGAAGCAUCAUGUAUUAUCAACAAGAGACCUCUCAGCCAUUCCUUAAAAUCGUAGUCGCACUGCCAACAAUGGUCGCCAGCUGUCGUGGUAUACUUGACAGAGGAAUACAAAUUGAUGGACUGGGCAUCAAGAGUUUCAUGACGUACGAGAGUAAUAUUAAUUUCUCUCUUCGUUUCAUGAUUGAUUGCAACAUAGUUGGGGGUAACUGGAUAGAAGUUCCCCGUGGAAAAUAUAACAAGAUAUCGAGAAGUCUCUCCAACUGUCAGUUGGAGUUUUAUUGCCUUUUUUCGGACUUGAUCAGUCAUGCUCCUGAAGGGGAAUUCUCAACGAUGGCUCCGUAUCGCAUACUAAGUUUUGACAUUGAGUGUGCUGGGAGGAAAGGUCAUUUUCCCGAUCCCAGUCAUGAUCCCGUUAUCCAGAUAGCCAAUGUAGUAACAUUACUGGGAGAAGGCCAGCCAUUUGUUCGGAAUGUCAUGACUCUCAAGUCUUGCUCAAGUAUUGCCGACGUUGAUGUUAUGUCAUUUGACACGGAAAAAGAAGUUCUAUUAACUUGGAGGGACUUAGUCCGUGAAGUGGACCCAGACAUCAUAAUUGGCUAUAACAUCUGCAAAUUCGAUAUGCCAUACCUUAUUGAGAGAGCUGAUGUACUGGGAAUAGCUGAAUUUCCAAUGCUUGGGCGUAUUCGAAAUAGUAGGGUCAGCAUCAAGGAUACAACUUUUUCCUCAAGACAGCAUGGGACCAGAGAAAGUAAAGAAGUUACAAUGGAGGGGAGGGUACAAUUUGACCUGCUACAGGCCAUUCAGAGGGAUUACAAAUUAAGUUCUUAUUCACUUAAUUCUGUUUCUGCACACUUUCUUAAUGAGCAGAAAGAGGAUGUGCACCAUUCAAUUAUAUCCGACCUUCACAAUGGGAAUUCAGAAACCAGAAAGCGUCUUGCUGUCUAUUGUUUGAAGGAUGCGUACCUACCACAACGCCUUUUGGACAAGUUGAUGUUCAUUUAUAACUAUGUUGAGAUGGCUCGUGUGACUGGUGUUCCGCUCUCAUUUCUACUCUCGAGGGGACAAAGCAUCAAGGUGAUGUCUCAGCUUCUAAGGAAAGCAAAACAAAAGAAUCUAAUUCUUCCAAAUGUGAAACAAGCUGGAUCUGAACAGGGAACUUUCGAGGGUGCAACUGUUCUUGAAGCCAGAACAGGUUUCUAUGAGAAGCCUAUUGCAACUCUGGAUUUUGCAUCUUUAUAUCCAUCAAUUAUGAUGGCAUAUAACUUGUGCUAUUCUACACUGGUAAAUCCCGAAGAUGCCCGGAAGCUUAAUUUGCCUCCGGAGUGUGUCAACAAAACUCCAACUGGUGAAACUUUUGUCAGAUCAAAUUUACAAAAGGGAAUACUACCAGAAAUUCUUGAAGAACUUUUGGCAGCUCGUAGAAGGGCCAAAGCGGAUUUGAAGGAAGCAAAGGAUCCUCUUGAAAGAGCUGUGUUAGAUGGUAGGCAACUUGCUUUGAAGAUAUCUGCAAAUUCCGUCUAUGGGUUUACUGGAGCUACGGUUGGCCAGUUACCUUGUUUAGAGAUAUCUUCAAGUGUUACCAGCUAUGGUCGACAAAUGAUUGAACACACGAAAAGACUCGUGGAAGAUAAAUUCACAGUGCUCGGAGGUUACGAGCACAAUGCUGAGGUCAUAUACGGAGAUACAGAUUCAGUAAUGGUGCAGUUUGGUGUUUCCUCAGUGGAUGCGGCCAUGAAAUUGGGCAGGGAAGCUGCUGAUUAUAUUAGCAGCACCUUCAUCAAUCCCAUAAAACUGGAGUUUGAGAAGGUCUACUAUCCAUAUCUACUAAUUAGUAAGAAGAGGUAUGCUGGUCUUUACUGGACGAACCCGCAGAAAUUUGAUAAGAUGGAGACCAAAGGGAUUGAAACCGUUCGUAGAGAUAACUGCUUGCUGGUAAAAAACAUGGUGACCGAGUGCCUCAAUAAAAUAUUGAUAGAGAGGGAUAUUCCUGCUGCAGUUCAAUAUGUCAAGAACACAAUAUCAGAUCUCCUUAGGAAUCGCAUGGAUUUAUCCCUUUUAGUAAUCACCAAGGCUUUGACAAAAACACGGGACAGCUAUAAAGUGAAAGCAGCACAUGUUGAGCUUGCAGAACGAAUGCGCAAGAGAGAUGCUGCUACUGCUCCAAAUGUCGGGGAUCGGGUAGCAUAUGUCAUUGUUAAAGCAGAAACCAAUGCCAAGGCUUAUGAAAGAUCAGAGGAUCCCAUCUUCGUUUUAGAAAAUAACAAUCCUAUAGAUCACAAGUACUACCUCGAAAAUCAAAUUAGCAAGCCAUUGAUGAGGAUCUUCGAACCCAUCUUGAAGAAUGCUAAUAAAGAGCUCUUUCAAGGGAGUCACAUGAUGUCAAAAAACAAUUGUACUCCCAACAUUGGCAUUGCAAAGCUUUUCGGAAAGCAACUUAGUUGCAUUGGAUGCAAGACUCCGAUUAGUAACUCCGAUCACACUCUAUGCUCGCAAUGCAAAGGAAGAGAAGCUGAGCUUUAUUGCAAGUCGAUAGCUAAUGUUGCUGAAUUGGAGGAGCUUUUUGGUAGAGUAUGGACGCAGUGCCAGGAGUGCCAAGGCUCUCUUCUUCAGGAUGUGCUUUGCACCAGUCGAGAUUGCCCAAUAUUUUACCGGAGGAAAAAAGUGCAGAAGGACAUGGAACAAGCCAAGCAAGAAUUAGACCGAUGGAACUUCUGAUCUUCACUGCGUCACCACACAACUCACGCCUACAUUCUGGGGUCGAUCUUCUGUACACUUAUUUAGAGGAUGUCGAAGUAACACGCGGUUGAGAAAUUGGCUGAUUUUUUAAUGUGGGUUCACUUUCUUUACCACCAUGUUGAGUGUGUUUUAUCUCUCUUUAC